UGAUGAUCAAAGUCUACAUAAACACCAUUCGUUGUUUUUGAUCGAAAGUUAAACCCCCGGCACUUUCGCAUCUUCUUCUCCGGUACACGAUGUCCAGGCUACGCCUGUUUUCGUUUCUGCUCCUCCUCACUGUCUGGUUCUUGUGUAUUCCCGGUUCGGUUCACGUUGUUCGAGCUCAAAACCGAACCGGAGCCACUACUCAUCCAGACGAUGCACGUGCUCUGAACACUAUCUUCGCAACAUGGAAGAUUCGUGCGCCGAGGGAAGAAUGGAACAUCAGCGGCGAGCUUUGCUCCGGCGCCGCCGUAGACAACGCUGUCACCGAUGCCAACCCCGCUUACAACCCUCUUAUCAAAUGCGACUGUAAUUUCGUCAACUCCACAAUCUGCCGUAUCACGCUCUUGAAGGUUUACGCAAGAGAUGUUGUAGGAACUAUACCUAAAGAGCUCUGGACUUUGGAAUAUCUCACAAAUCUGAAUCUGGCUCAAAAUUUUCUGUCAGGAUCAUUGUCUCCUGCAAUUGGAAAUCUGACUCGAAUGGAAUGGCUGACUUUUGGGAUCAAUGCGUUGUCUGGCCCUGUUCCUAAGGAAAUUGGUUUGCUUACAAAUUUAAAAUUACUUAGCAUUAGUUCGAAUAACUUUUCCGGUUCUAUGCCAGCUGAGAUUGGGAGUUGUACAAAGCUAGAGCAAAUCUACAUAGAUAGUUCUGGACUCAGCGGGGAAAUACCUUUAUCAUUUGCUAAUCUUGUGGAGCUGAAACAGGCUUGGAUUAUGGAUCUGGAACUUACAGGUCGGAUACCAAACUUUAUAGGAAACUGGACCAAACUUACUACCUUGAGAAUUGUCGGAACUGGUUUGAGUGGUCCGAUACCGUCGUCAUUUUCGAACUUAACUUCUUUGCUAGAACUGAGGCUAGGUGAUAUAACCAAUGGAAGCUCUUCUCUUGAAUUCAUCAAAGACAUGAAAUCUCUAAGUACAUUAGUAUUGAGGAACAGUAAUCUAACGGGGACAAUACCGUCUAAUAUUGGAGAAUACUCAAGUUUGCAACAAGUUGAUUUAAGCUUCAACAAACUACAUGGACCAAUUCCAGCUUCACUUUUCAACUUAAGUCGACUUACUCACUUAUUUCUGGGAAACAACACGUUGAAUGGUUCCUUGCCCACUCAGAAGAGGCAGUCUUUGAGCAAUAUAGAUGUGUCAUAUAAUAAUUUGUCUGGAAGUCUUCCGUCGUGGGUCAGCUCACCAAACUCGAAAUUCAACCUUGUUGCUAACAAUUUCACAUUAGAAGGUCUUGACAACAGGGUUUUAUCAGGACUGAACUGCCUGCAAAAAAACUUCCCCUGCAAUCGAGGCAAAGGAAUCUAUUCAAACUUUUCAAUCAACUGCGGAGGUCCGGAUAAAAUAUCUGCUAGUGGAGCACUAUUUGAGAAGGAUGACGAGGAUCUUGGACCAGCUUCGUUUGUCGUGAAUGUUGCUAGGAGAUGGGCAGCUAGUAGCAUUGGUCUUUUCGCCGGAAGUAGCAAUAAUAUAUACAUAGUAAAUUCACUAGCACAAUUUACAAACACUUCGGACUCAGAGCUUUUCCAGUCAGCAAGACUUUCUGCAUCUUCCCUAAGGUAUUAUGGGUUGGGGCUAGAAAAUGGUGUCUAUAUUGUAAAGCUUCAGUUUGCUGAGAUACAAAUUGAAGGUUCCAACUCUUGGAAAGCUCUUGGAAGACGACGUUUUGACAUUUAUGUACAGGGAAGACUUGUUGAAAAGGAUUUUGAUGUACGUAGAACAGCUGGUGGCUCUACUGUUACAGCAGUUGAGAGAGAAUAUAAAGCAAAUGUAUCAGAGAAUUACCUCGAAGUUCAUCUUUUCUGGGCUGGAAAAGGAACGUGUUGUAUUCCUGUUCAAGGGGCUUAUGGGCCACUAAUAUCGGCUGUUAGUGCAACACCAGAUUUUACUCCAACUGUGGAUAAUAAGCCACCAUCAAAGGGGAAAAACAGGACUGGUGUUAUUGUGGGUGUCAUUGUUGGCAUAGGACUUUUGAGCAUUUUUGUGGGUGUGGCUAUCUUCAUCAUCCGAAAAAGAAGAAAGCCGUAUACAGAUGAUGAAGAGCUACUUGGUAUGGAAAUAAAGCCUUACACUUUUACUUACUCGGAACUUAAAAGUGCAACUCAAGAUUUUAACAUCUCAAACAAGCUUGGAGAAGGUGGAUUUGGGCCUGUUUAUAAGGGAAACCUCAGUGAUGGAAGAGAGGUAGCAGUGAAGCUGUUGUCUGUUGGAUCCCGGCAAGGGAAGGGACAAUUUGUUGCAGAAAUUACAUGGAAUCUACACGAGAAAAACCGUGAACUCGAACUAAUAGAUGAGAAGCUAAGUGAAUUCAACAAGGAUGAAGUGAAACGCGUGAUUCGGAUUGCUCUGCUAUGCACACAGUCUUCUCAUUCUUUGAGACCACCAAUGUCACGAGUUGUGGCCAUGUUGUCGGGAGAUGUUGAGGUCAGUGAUGUCAAGUCUAAGCCAGGUUACCUAAGCGAUUGGAGAUUUGAUGACAUCACCACUACUUCUCUUAGUAGCUUUCAAACCAAAGAGGUAGGCGCUUCUGGCUCCAAGAUAUCGCCCAGUACCAAAGACUCUCAGCCAAUGCUUGGAGCCAAGAUCAAUGUUGGAAGAUGACAAUGUCUCUUUUCUGAUGGCUAUAGAGUUUUGUUUGUGUACAUAUAUGAUCAACAUCUUCUUUUCUUUUGAUUGGAGAAACAUAUUUCACUUUGAUUCAAUAAAACAUUUUAGCUCUUCGCUUUUUCUUGUGAGAAAUUUGUCGCUAGUUGAAAAAGAAAAGAGAAACGAAGAAUCUCAGUGAUCGGAGCAAUGAGCUUAUACCAUGUUAGGCGAGAGAAAUCGAGAGGAAGGAGCACUAACU